AUGGAUACGAAGGCGAUUGAAGAAAGUAAAAGGCAGUUAUUAAUUGUAAAAAAAUCACUUUUCGAUACGGAAAUUCAGCUUACUGUUGAAGAUUACAAAAUAUAUACUGCAUCAUCUCCAAAAUUAUAUACUACAGGAACAGAAACCCCGUGUGAAAUUUCCAAACGGAAACGUGAAAUAGAUGAUAAUCAAAUGAUUCCAAAUGAAAAAUUACUACAAGAUCUGUUUGGUGCCGAAGAUUUUACAAACAAACUUCCUUCAACUCUUCUGAAACCAUAUCUUAAAGAUCUUGAUGACAGGAUUGAAAAUUUGAUUCCAUCAAAUGUCCACAACUUUUUAACAGAGUUUUCCAAACAAAAUUUAACGGAUAGUGACUGGAAUAUUAAGAUUGAUGAUUUACAGUGCGAAUAUUGCGCAAGACUUUAUCAACUUUAUAAUUCGCCCAAUGUCCCUAGUUUGAAAGCUGCUAUAAACAACGUUAUCAAGAAAAAACUUCAGGGGUAUGUCGGUUUCGCUAAUCUUCCAAACCAAGUACACCGUAAAUCUGUGAAGAAAGGAUUUCACUUUACAGUAAUGAUAGUUGGUGAAUCCGGUUUAGGGAAAUCAACUCUCGUUAAUACUUUGUUUGGAACAACUCUUUAUCCUCACAAGGGUGAUGCAGAACCUUCUGACGAGACACCAACGACUGUAGAAAUACAAUCUCUUAGUGCAGACAUCGAAGAAAAUGGUGUUAAAUUAAGACUUACAGUAGUAGAUACUCCCGGAUUUGGGGACUUUGUUAACAAUGAGGAAAGUUGGAAACCAAUUCUCGAAAAUAUCGAAGCACGUUUUGAUGCAUAUCUUGAGCAAGAAAAUCGUGUAAAUCGUCGUAAGAUGGUUGAUAACCGCGUUCACGCAUGCAUUUACUUCAUUGCCCCCACAGGCCAUUCACUUAAACCCUUAGAUGUAGAAUUUAUGCGACGACUACAUACUAAAGUUAAUCUCAUUCCAGUCAUUGCUAAGUCUGACACAUUAACUGAAGAUGAAAUUAAGCAAUUUAAACAACGUAUUCUAGAUGAUAUUGCAUAUCAUAAAAUUCUAAUUUAUCAAGCACCACAAUAUGAAUAUGAUGAUCAUGAGACAGUGGCAGAAAAUCGUGAAAUAAUAAGCAAAAUUCCAUUUGCAAUUGUCGGUAGUGAUAAAGAAGUAGAACUUUCUGAUGGUCGUCGCGUUCGUGGACGUAAAUAUCCAUGGGGUGUAAUUGAAGUUGAUAAUGAAGAGCAUAAUGACUUUGUCAAACUUAGACAAAUGUUAAUUCGAACUCAUAUGGAAGAACUUAAAGAAUAUACCAAUGAUGUGCUUUAUGAAAAUUAUCGCUCAGAGAAACUUGUUACUAUGGGAGUACAGCAAGAUCAAACAGUAUUCAAAGAAGUAAAUCCACUUGCUAAAAUGGAAGAAGAACGCCAAUUACAUGAAGCCAAACUACAAAAGAUGGAAGCAGAAAUGAAAAUGGUAUUCCAACAAAAAGUUCAAGAGAAAGAAGCUAAAUUGAAACAAUCCGAGGAAGAAUUAUAUACACGUCAUAAAGAGAUGAAGGAUGCUCUGGAGAAACAACGUCUAGAGUUGGAGGAUAAGAAAAGACGAUUGGAGUCAGGUAGACCGAUUACCCCCGAAAAGGCAAAGAAGAAAGGUUUUUCAUUUAAUAAAUAA